GGCCCCAUUCACUUCCAUUGUAAGUGCCUUAUCGUAACCUUGAUUUUUGCUAUUUUUAUUUUAUUUGAUUUUUUUUAGUCGAGAUGAGUCGAAAUUUAUUUUGUGGUAAUCGACAUUUCUUCACUACUGAUUAUAUUGAAUAUACCCUUUGAAGCCACUGUAUAUAAAUACAGUGUAUGUAGGACAGUCAAACUAAUACAGGAAUGGAUAAACAGUCAUAAAUUAUGCGCGAGGGGGCGGGGCUUAGAUAGUGGGCGUAUCAUUUAUCCGGCCGUCCCACACUGAUGUACCUCAUCUGUCCCGCACUGUGUGCAUCCUCCAAAACACAAACUCUACAGCUAUUUUACCGUCUUUUCUCAUGCAAAGCAAGUCGCGUCGGAACACAGAGGUUCAAAUGCUUGGAAAGUAAUUUAUCCCAGCCUGAUAAACAGAGACAGCCCAUUGAAAAGCAACUAAACCUGUUUAAAUGUCCCGUGCGUCCUCCAUAUUUGGACAACAGAGGAAACCGAACUGCCUUCUGUCCAUCGGACGAGUCGCCACGAUUAAAAUUCUGACAAUUUAACGCGUUUCAACGAGGUGAAGGGACUUUACAGAGAGGGGCUAUACCAUCACUGAAGAGGAACCAAACAAUUGACCAGAUGGAGAAUGGAGACUGGGCACACAUGAUGACGGACACAGUUACCUUAAAUGUUGGUGGGCACUUGUACACCACAUCGCUGUCCACUCUGCAGCGUUAUCCAGACUCUAUGUUGGGCGCCAUGUUCCGUGGUGAUUUUCCAACCACGCAAGAUGCCCAGGGCAACUAUUUCAUAGAUCGGGAUGGUCCUCUAUUUCGUUACGUCUUGAACUUCCUACGAACCUCAAAACUGACACUACCAUGUGACUUCAAAGAGACAGAGCUCCUCAGGAAGGAAGCCGACUUCUACCAGAUAGAACCCUUGAUCCAGUGUUUAAGCGACACCAAACCUCUUUAUCCUCUGGACACUUUUGAGCAAGUGGUAGAGCUUUCGAGUACUCGUAAACUCUCCAAGUACUCAAAUCCAGUGGCUGUCAUUAUUACCCAACUCACCAUAACCACCAAAGUCCACUCGUUGCUUGAAGGUAUCUCCAACAACUUCACCAGAUGGAAUAAACACAUGAUGGAUACCAGAGACUUUCAAGUGUCAUUUACCUUUGGACCAUGCGACUACCAUCAGGAGGUCUCCCUUAGAGUGCAUUUGGUGGAGUACAUCUCCAAGCAAGGUUUCAUUAUUCGAAACACACGGGUACAUCAUAUGAGUGAACGUGCCAAUGAGAAUACAGUGGAACACCAUUGGACUUUCUGUAGAGUCGCACAGAAGGUUGAGGACUGAUUCAAUGCACUGCAGAUUCUGUUCCGUAACCUGUAAAUGGAGACGAAGGCUAAGGUAACCAAUAGAGUGCAACAGUGACCACUUACCGUUUCAGUUCUUUAUAGUAUUUUUCCCAUUAAUUUUUUACAUAGGCAUUUCGAAAAUUCUUCAUAAAGAGUUCUAAGCCAUGAACCAAACCAACCAGUUCUGAGAUGUUUCGCAACAAUACAAACUUUGAUUUGAUGCCAUGUCCACACUAAUCUGUUUUAGGUUGAAAAAUCAGUUUUCAGUUUAUUAACAUUAUCGUUUUCCACAAUAUGAAGUAAUGGAGAGUGUUUUGGAAAGACACUGUUUUCGGUGGAGGAAAACGGCAUUCUGCGUUUUCAAACUUUAAGCAUAAAUGUAUUUGAAAAGUGGAAAAAAUUGAAAAGUACAAGACUGUGUAGUUUAAUUAUUUUAUGCAGUAGCGAACUACUCUUCCUAUGUAGCACUGCGAAUUACAUAAUCGAAUCAGAAAUGACUGUAUAUUAUAAAACUGUUGAGUGUUGACUCUAUAAGUCAUUGAUUUAAGUAUACAAUAAAUUUGUUGUAUGAAUAUAGAAGUUGUUUGAAAGUGUAUCUACACUGAUUCGAUUUUGUCUCUUGAAAAAAAAGUUAUAGCUAAAAUCAAUUGCAAAUUAAUGAAUUACAUUUUUACUUCCACGGCUGUUGCGCUCUAUAAUUGACACAAUGAAAAUGUUCUUUGUGGUGUGUUUAUUUACCACUAUAGAAAAUAAUGUACAUAAGAAACCUGAGUUAAAAAAAAACAGUAUUUUUCCUUUUCACCAUACUAAAGUUCUAUUUUCCUUCAUUCUGGAAAAAGUGACCGCCUCCUACAAUGUCAUGUUUCCAAAUCUGUAUAUGCAAAAAUUCACUAUAUAUUAUUAAUAUAAUGCAUCGGUGUUAAAUUUAAAUUAUGUCACUGUUCAUAUGUAUUUAUAAUUUCUUUGCAGAUAUUUUGUAUUGUGAUUUUCAUAAACUGUAAAUUAUGGAGUCUUGGAAUGUGCUUGGUUUGCAUGAUUGUGUGGUAUCUGCACUAUAAUUUAUUUAUUUAUUAUUUAUUGUUAGUUAUAUUUCCUCCAUUUAAAUACGUGAAAAAUGAUUUGUAAUGUGCAUGUUGCAUAAUUUUUAGUAACGAUUAUCUUAUUUGUACAGGACUAGUUUUUCCUUUGGAGGUUAGGUACAUUUUAGUUUUCAAUUCCGUCCGAAUUGAAGACGUGUAUGUUUUCUCGCACAACUUUGGUAGAAAAUUACAGAGGAAACUGCCUACUGUUUUUCGCCAACUUUAGCUUCCUCUAAGAAAUCUAAUCCAUGCCAGAUAGGAAUGUCUGAGUGUGCAAUUUUUUUCACAACCCUUAUUUAUUUUUACUUAAUAAAUACAUUUAUUUAUUACAAAUGUUUGUUGAUUACAGUAAAUAAAGCUAAAUUUCUCAAUGCUGGUGCACCUUCAUGAAGGAUUUAGACCUUUUUGCCAACAUUCUGGGUGAAAUAACAUGGUUUAAGUACUGCCUGCUGGUGUCACAUUCGAUGUAAGAAAAGAAAAAAAUAGAAAGAGAAUUAAAUCAAAUCCCAUAUCCAAUCCCAGACUGAUCAAAAUAGCCAUUGUAGUAGCAGCAUUAAGUAUGUUCAUCAUCUUCAUUAACACCUUCCCUU